CCUCCUCUUCUUCCAUCUCCCCUCGCCGUCCUCUUCCUCCCCAUCGCGAACCCCGAAACAUUCCUCCUGCUCCACUCCCACCCGAGGAGAGGGUAAAGAGGGAAGAAUCCAUUCUUCUUCUUGAUAAGGAAUUCGUGCCCGGGGAGGGGGGGGAUAGAGUCGUGCCUCGUCGGGGGGAUGAAGUUCGGGAAGGAUCGGAACACUGGAGAGACGCUGCCGGCGUGGAGGGACAAGUACCGCUACAAGGCCCUCAAGAAGCUCAUCAAGAACUGGCCCGCCGAACCCGCCGCCUUUCCCCUUCCUCCUCCGCCACCCGCCGCCGAGGGACUGGGGGGUGGGGCCGGCCAGGGGAACGUCGCUCUGGGGAACUGGUUCGCCAGCAUCCUCGACAUGGAGCUCCACAAGCUCAACGAGUUCUACAUGGAGAGGGAGGAGUGGUACGUCAUCCGCCUCCAGGUGCUGAAGGAGAGGAUUGAGCGCGUCAAAGCUAAGAAGAAUGAUGCUUUUACAUCCAGGAGUGAAUUUACUGAAGAGAUGCUAGAGAUACGUAAGGAUUUUGUGAUUAUACAUGGUGAAAUGAUUCUUCUGCAAACCUAUAGCUCCCUAAAUUUUGCUGGACUAGUGAAGAUACUGAAGAAGUAUGACAAGAGAACAGGCGGUUUGCUCAGCCUGCCUUUCACUCAGCGUGUCCGUCACCAGCCAUUUUUCACAACCGAACCUUUAACAAGGCUUGUUCGAGAAUGCGAGGCUAAUCUUGAACUCCUUUUCCCGGUCGAAGCAGAAGUUCUUGAGCCUAGUUCAUCUUCAAAUCUGGAACCACAUGCCGGGGCUAAGCGUGAUCCAACAUCAUCUGGCGAUGUGGAAACCUCAGAUGUGUACCGAAGCACACUAGCAGCAAUGAAAGCAAUACAGGGCCUUCGGAAAGCCAGCUCUACUUACAACCCCCUGUCUCUGUCUAGGUUCUUCAAUGGUGAGGAUGGUGAAGCCUGUUCUGGUGCCAUCACUUCUGAGAGUUCAUUAUCAGAUUCCUCAACAGACUCCCAGAUUCAGGAUGCUGGAAAGGACGAUAAAGAGGUGCAAUCAAAUUCAAGGGAGCAUAAUGCUGCUCAAAGGGAACAUAAUGUAGAAGGCGAGCCACGUGAUGAAUAAUCAGUAUUUACACCCACUGUUCAAUAACCGUUGAUAAGUGUAAAAUCUAAUAAUCUGGAUGUUUAACCCUCCUUGUAGUGUGACAUACGCAAGAAUUUCCUGAUGGUUCUGUUUCCUUUUCUUUCAUUUUCUUUUCAAGGUUGCAGUCAUGCAAGGUCGAAUUUUUCAUGUUUUUGUUGUUGACAGCAUGUCAAUUGCCAUAAGAAUCUGAAGUGUAGUGGUAUUUGAGUUUUGAAGCUGUAGACAGAAAGCAUGUAAGUCGUUAGCAGACAUUUUGGUUGACAAUAGAGGUACUUCCUGAUCGAAGUUCUUUUUUUC